GUCCGUGAAUAGGAGAUGCACUUCCCUGAUUAUUACAACUGCGGAGGAUAAGAUUCUGGUUGCAGACAAGUCCGGUGAUGUCUAUUCUUACUCAAUAACAGAACCCAAAGCAGAUGGAAAACUUGAGCUGGGUCACUUGUCUCUGUUACUGGAUGUGGCACUGAGUCCUGAUGACCGGUAUAUCCUAACUGCAGACAGAGAUGAGAAGAUCAGAGUCAGCUUAGCAAAGGCUCCUCAUAAUAUUGUAUCCUACUGUCUGGGACACAAAGAGUUUGUAAGCAAAAUACUUGUAAUACCCAACUAUCCUGAUCUACUGUUGUCAGCUUCUGGGGACUCGACUCUGAGACUUUGGGAAUACAAAAACGGGGAAGAAGUGUACUGCUGUCAUCUGAGUAGUGUCUGUGGGCCUGAGACAACCAAAACUGACCAGAAAUACCCUGUGUCAAGAAUAACUUACUGCUGUCAAGGUGGUUAUGUUGCCAUUCUGUGUGACUGUAUUCCCACAGUCUACAUCUUUCAGCUUGAUGCCAUUGCCCAGCAGCUAGUUUACAGACAGCAAAUCUCUUUGGAACGUAAAGGUUGGGACAUUGCAUUUGAGGAAAUGGGAGAUCUGUGGAUUUUGCAGGAAGACAGUGAAGCUCCUCUUCAAUUGUACAGGCCAUGUGAUGGACAAUGGAAGGCUGUAACUGAUGACAAAGGAUUACAGAAGAUGUCAAAAUAUCUUCAAGACAACUGGACAGUGUUUGAAGGGUUUGUUGGCGCAGAGAGCCACUACAGCAGUCUCUACAAGGCUUCAUUUGAUAACAUGGCUGCUUACCUACAGAAGAAGGAGGAAAGGUUACAGCAGCAGAAAAAGAAAAGGCAGCAUCUGCAAGGUGGUUCGAAUGGACAGACAAAAAAGAUGAAGCCUGAAGAGUCAUCGCUAUGA